AUGCGAUUUGCUUCUGUAAUAAAGAAAGUUCUCGCGAAAGACAAAAGACUAAAGAUAGUUAUACUAGGCCCAGACAAUGCAGGAAAAACAUCUCUUCUACAGGCAUAUCUAAACCAGAAUAUAGCUGACAUUGAGCCUACGUAUGGAUACCAGAUAAUAAAGACAGAGAGAGAAAUAGAAGAAACCAAGUAUCAUCUGGAAAUAUUAGAUAUAGGAGGACAAAAGUCAAUACGUGCAUAUUGGGACACAUACUACUCUGGUGUAGAUGGUGUGCUUUUCGUGUAUGAUACAUAUGGAACAGAGGAGUAUAAAAGUAUUAUUGAAAGCACUGUAAGCCAUCCAACUUUGCAAGACACAGAGUUUUUGUGCGCAUCAAACAAAUGUGAUGACUUAAGUGUAGCAGAGGCACAGGGCACUAAGUACAUACAGAUAGUUAAAAGUGAGAUAAAGGGCGAGCAGGCUCCGAGUUUUGACUUUAUGGCAGAGGCAGAAAACAGAAAGGCCCCAAAAAACAAUAGCAGUAUAGAAAUUAAAGAAAUAGAAAUAGUUUACACCUCAGCAAAGAAACAUGUUAAUGUAGACAGAGUAUUUUAUACACUUAUACAAAAUAUUUUAAAAAAAGAGAAGAAUGUCGUUCUGCAAUAA